AUGAGCUGGGAUAACGAACCCUCCGCGGGACGAAGCUAGAGUUCAAACGGUUAUAGGACUAAAAGAAGGAUGGGAUCUUCCGCAAAGAUGCAGGGUCUCAGCUCCCGGGCUCACGCCUUCUCGGUGGAGGCACUUGUUGGGAAACCCUGCAAGAGGAUGAAAGUGUCGGAGGCGCACGAGACAAGUUCAGCUGGAGGCACCGCCAAGGACACAAGCAUCUUUGGCCUGAGCGACUAUCCAGUCAGCCAGAUGAAGAAAGCAGGUUCAACGCCGAGGAGGACAGCGGACACUUCCUGUGACCCGGAGAGUCAGACAGUCAGAACACCGACUGAGGAGUCCGAGCUCAGCGGAGAGGAGAGCGGGCCGAAGGAGAGAGAGUUACGCACGGACAGAUCGGAGGUCCGCGUGGAGCUGCAGGGCUCCGAGCUGUGGAAGAGGUUCUACGAGAUCGGCACCGAGAUGAUCAUCACGAAAGCCGGCAGGAGGAUGUUUCCCUCUGUGCGCGUAAAAGUGCGCAACCUGGACCCGUGCCAGCAGUAUUAUAUUGCAAUGGACGUGAUGCCCGUGGACUCCAAACGCUACAGGUAUGUGUACCACAGCUCGCAGUGGAUGGUGGCUGGAAACACGGAUCACUCCUGCAUCUCACCCCGGCUGUACGUGCACCCGGAUUCCCCGUGCGCAGGAGAGACUUGGAUGCGUCAGGUCAUCAGCUUUGACCGGGUCAAACUCACAAACAACGAAAUGGACGAUAAGGGACAUAUUAUUCUACAGUCAAUGCACAAAUACAAACCCCGUGUGCACAUCAUCCGACACGACCCCCGUGUAGACCUGUCACAGAUCCAGUCUCUUCCAGCUGAAGGAGUCCACAGUUUUUCCUUCCCCGAGACCGAGUUCACCACCGUCACCGCCUAUCAGAACCAACAGAUCACAAAACUAAAGAUCGACAGGAACCCAUUCGCCAAGGGCUUCAGAGAUCCUGGGAGGAACAGAGGAGUGUUGGAUGGUUUGUUGGAGUCGUAUCCAUGGAGAGGCCCUCUCAGCCUGGACUUAAAGCCAUUCACCAUACAGCUCCAAGGAAGCUCAGGGUCGACGACCAGCGGCAUGAAGAGUCUCCUCCCUCUCUCCUCUUCUUCAUCGUCUCAUCCCUUCUCUGUCUCCGCCAUCUCCUGCCAGGACGUCGCCCUUCACACGCUCACUCUUCCUCUCUACAGUAAAAGCUCCACCACCUCGCCUGCCUCCCCGCUGCCCAGCAGAUCCUUCUCCCCCAUGGGAGGAGACAGACUGAGAGGCCUCCCUCCGCUGUCCCCGCUGGUAGAUCUUCCUCUCCUCUCUGCACUGCAGGCAAAGAAAUCCCACUCCAGGGACCCGUGCCUUCAUGCCUCUCCGGGAGGGUCUCACUGCCUCUUCCCCCUCCACAGCCCCCUCAGCCCUCAGGGGCCGUCUCUGCUCCCUCAUCUCUCUGACACUGCGGGCCCCUACUGUCUCUACCGCUACAGCUUCCCCCUGAGCCCCCAACUUGCUGCUAUUUCCCGGCACGCCAAACUAGCAGAGGACACCACAGACUGUCUGCUGCGCCAGUCUCCGUGGCACCCGACCACCAACCACUGCCUCUGA